GCUUAAUUGCAGAACUACUUCCUAAAUUUCACUCCGUUCCGAUUCAGAACUGCUCGAACCGCCGACGGUGCAACUGCUCACACACUACAGGUAUUAACGAACUUCGCCAUCUUCGUCACCGACGAUGGAUUCUCCGGCGAGCACAUUCAAUCCAAACAAGCGUCUCAAGGAAGAGUUUGUGAGCAAUUUAACAGGAACUUCAAUGAUGGAGUUAUUCCUUCUCAUUACCACUCUCUCGAUGAUCCUCUUUCUACGUUCAGUAUAUUCCAGUUCCAAAAAAGAGGCCCUGUCAAAGAAAGAUGAUAAUGUUAAUGCAGUUGUUUGUAAGAAGAGCCUGGGAUCAUAUCUUGCUGCAGCGACUCUUGAUGUCUUCUGCAUUGUAUUUCCAGUCAUUUUAUGUUUGACUAUUCUGGCAGAUUGGACAUAUACCAAUGCAGUUGGGAUGACCUUAUUGGUGACAUUCUUUAUUUUAGCUAGAAGAUCUGGAUUUUCUGUUUCUCAGGAAGAAGGGGUCCGAUCUCUUAGGACAAAUAUAUCUGCAUACAGGGUUGCUAUGAAUUUUCUGACAUGCAUAUGUAUUCUGGCUGUUGACUUCAAGAUAUUUCCUAGAAGAUAUGCUAAAACAGAGACGUACGGUACUGGCUUGAUGGACAUUGGAGUAGGUUCGUUUAUUGUGGCAAAUGCAUUGGUCUCACGACAAGCACGUGGAAUUGCAAAAACGAAUUUGAGAAAUGCAAUUUCUUCAACUUGUCCACUCAUAGUCCUGGGGUUUGCUCGAAUCUUUUUCACUUCAAGUGUUGAUUAUCAGGUUCACGUUGGUGAAUAUGGUGUGCACUGGAAUUUCUUUUUCACUCUUGCUGGUGUAGCAAUUUUGACAUCGAUAAUUAAUAUUCCACCGAGUUAUUGUGGAAUUCUGGGGUGGUUUAUUCUAGUAGUAUAUGAGGUCAUCCUGUUGCUUGGGCUAAAUGAAUAUCUCCUUUCAAAUGAACGAGGACAUGACAUCAUCAGUCAAAACAAAGAAGGGAUUUUUAGCAUUUUUGGUUAUUGGGGGUUGUACCUUGUUUGUGUCCAACUAGGCAACUAUCUUUUCUUUGGAAAACCUGGAGAUGCUGUGUUGAGGACAAACGAUUGGGCAAGGAUUAGAGUCUGGAUUAUCUGUCUUCUAUUAUGGUUGUUGACCAUUUUGCUAGAUAGGCAUGUUGAGAGGGUUUCUCGCAGAAUGUGCAACCUGGCUUAUGUUACUGUAGUAUUGGCUAUGAACCUUCAGGUUUUUGCAGUUUUAACUCUAGCUGAUUAUGUACCUGGAUACAAAGUUGCCGCAUUGAUAGAAUAUUUCGACCGAAAUCUACUGGGCUCUUUUCUUCUGGCUAACGUGCUAACUGGAAUGGUUAAUCUUUCCAUGGAUACCCUCUCUGUCUCACCAUUCGGAGCCCUUGCUAUCUUGUUUGGAUAUGCAUACAUUUUAUCUAUUGCCGCAGCAGUUGCACAUUAUUAUGGUAUUCGAUUGAAGUUUUGGUAGUGGAGCUGUUCUAGAGUGUACUCUAAUUUAAAUUCAUUCUUUAACCCAUCCUCCAUCAUAUGACUAUUCUUAAUGUUAUUCCUGUAAUAGAUCCUGUGUCUAGAAUAGAUUCUGUAAUCAAGGCAUUGACUGAGCAAUCAUACAUUUUACCUUAUUCUGGUCUA